CCCGAUCUAAUUUCAGUCUGUGAUGUUCCGACAUCUAAUGAUCCCUCAGAAGAUCGUCUUAGCAAUAUACCAACCUCGGAAGAUGAACUUCUCUCAUUCUAUAGGCAUAAAGUUGAACAACUUACAAGCAAUCAGGAGGAUGUCUGCCGUCGCUUGGAUCAGGUUGCUGAUUCGAUUUCCAACCAACAGACCUUAACUUGUGAACUACAUCAGCGUGACAACGAAAUCAAAGAACUACAAAGAGCUUUGUCCGAUAUCCAG